AUGUCGGAGGAAGAGGACAGCAUGUCGGAGGAGGAGAUGGACAACCUGAGGGAGCGCCUGGCCAAGGUGAGGAAGCAGAAGGUGAACCUCAACAAGGAGUACGAUGCACUGCAGGAGAACUACACCAAGAUGUCGACCAUUCUCGCCGAGAAAGAGGCGGCGCGCGCCUCGCAGGACACGCUCAUCGAGGAGCUGACCAACCAGGCCAAGCGCAGGGAAUCCAUCAUGACCAAGCUCAAGAUCGAGUGCGAGAAGGCGCAGACGGUGGCCGACCAGCUGCGCAUCGAGCUCAGCAAGACCAAGAAGAAGAUGCCGACCCCCACCGCCGCCAGCGCCACCACCGCCAUCACCACCGCCAUCACCACCACCAACAGCGGCAACAUCAUCCCCAACAUGCCCAAGGGGGCCAAGGCCGCGGAGACGCCGGCCGCGGCGGCGAGCAAAUGCAUCGACAAACUAAAGCAAGUCAUUCGUUACAAGAAUGUCGAGCUGGAGAAGAAGCAGAGGAUAGUGGACGGCCUUCAGAAGCAGCUGGUGGAGCUGAAGGCGCUCGCGACGCCCAAGGCGGGGCGCAAGGAGCGCCACAUUGACAUGGACGUGUGA